AUGGCUGCUUCUGGAUGCCCUCACAUUGCUAAACACCUCGGAGACGUCAGCACCACCGGAGACACCGAUUUCAUUCAGAAAUACAAGACAGUUGUAUCCUGGAACGUACGGUACGCUCAGAGUGUCAGAAACCCUGCAAAACGAAGAAAGGUGUUUGCGCCGAUGUGUGGCGUAUGCGAUCUCGCUCUUUCCCGUCCAUUCGCAUGCUUACAUUGCGAUUUUGCUGGUUGCUGGCUGGAGGGACAUGCGCUAGGUCACCUGCGUGAUGCCGGUCACAAUUUUUGUGCCGAUACAAAGACAGGGUCUAUAUUCUGUGCCCAGUGCCAAGAUUUUAUCUACCACCCGAAAGUUGAUGAGAUUUACCUCGCUGCUGUCGUGAUGACUGAAGAGCAGCAAACAAAAUUUCAAGUAUCAAAAAAACUUCGGGAACCGUACCAAAUUUGGGUUCCAGAAGCAAAGGACAUCCUCGCGCUAAAGAAUUCGGUCCCGAUUCCGUGUCAAGCCCGUCGAGGUCUACUAAAUCUCGGGCAAACCUGUUUCCUAAAUGUCGUGUUGCAGUCCUUUGCGCACAACCCCCUUCUUCGGAACUAUUUCCUGAGCGAUAAACAUAAUUCUAAACAAUGCAAGACCGAAACGUGCACAUGCUGCGAAAUGGAUAAACUCUUUACUGAGAUAUACUCGGAAGACCCCAAUCCGUAUGGACCCAUCACCUUCCUGGCGACCACCUGGCGCGCAUCCGCCGAACUCUCCGGCUACGCCCAACAAGAUGCACACGAAUUCUUCAUAUCCGCGCUGAACCAAAUUCACUCGACUUCUCGCGGUUCAACAGAAGUGUCUUGUAAUUGCAUCAUUCACUCAACCUUUGCGGGCCAACUGCAGAGUGAUGUGAAGUGCGAACGAUGUGGCAAUAUAACGAACACUAUCGAUCCCAUGCUUGACAUCAGCCUGGAGUUGAAAGGGAAAGGUGGGGAAGUUGCUCCUGGCGAUACCCUGGCCGCUUGUUUACGGCGAUUCACGCAAUUUGAAAAGCUGGGUCCAAAAGAAUACACAUGCAGUAAAUGCGCCAAGAUCUCUCACGAAGCCAGCAAACGUCUAAGUAUUCGGACACUACCUCCUGUAUUAAGUUUUCAAUUCAAGCGAUUCGAGCACAAAACCAACGACAAAUCAUCUGCUCGAAAAAUAGACGCACAGGUUCGGUUCCCAGCUUCAAUCAACAUGGCGCCGUACACCACGCUUGUAAUAAAAGACAUGGAGGGGGCUAACGCGAACGAUGCUAGAUAUACGUGCCCUGCUCCGGAGGUGAUGUAUGAGUAUGACCUCUUCGCCGUGAUCAAUCAUGAAGGACAGAUUGAUACGGGGCAUUACACCAAUUACGCGUGUUUCCAAGAUGAGUGGUAUAAAUUCGACGACGACAAAGUAACACCAUCAACACUGGGCGCGUGCCUCGCCUCCGCCGCAUAUAUGUGUUUCUACGUGAAGCGACACUUGGACUACAAACCGAACAUCAAGCCAUCGUACGUCCAGGCACAUGAAGCGGAGGCGGUGAGGGAGAAGGAGCUAGAGAGGGAGAGGGAGGCGGCACGGAUUAAAGAUGUGGAGGAUGCGCUUUUGGCUACUGUCUAA